AUGUUCCAGGAUCUUAGAGAUUCCAACAGCUCUAAUUUCCAGUUUUCUGAAUUCAUUCUGAUGGGAUUUCCAGGCAUUCACAGCUGGCAGCACUGGCUCUCCCUGCCCCUGGCUCUGCUCUACCUCUUAGCUCUCAGUGCCAACAUCCUUAUCCUGAUUAUCAUCAGUCAAGAAGCAGCACUGCACCAGCCUAUGUACCAUUUCCUAGCCAUCCUGGCCGUGGUAGACAUGGGCCUGGCUACCACCAUCAUGCCCAAGAUCUUGGCCAUUUUAUGGUUCAAUGCUAAGGCCAUCAGUCUCCCGGAGUGCUUUGCUCAGAUAUAUGUCAUACAUUGUUUUGUGGGCAUGGAGUCAGGUAUCUUUGUCUGCAUGGCUAUAGAUAGAUAUGUAGCCAUUUGUAGACCACUACACUAUCCAUCUAUAAUAACCGUAUCUUUCGUGGUCAAAGCAGCCACGCUCAUGACAAUCAGGAAUAGUUUGUUUACCAUUCCGGUGCCUGUGUUGGCUGCUCAGAGACAUUACUGCUUCCAGAACCAAAUUGAGCACUGUCUAUGCUCUAAUCUUGGAGUCACUAGCCUAUCUUGUGAUGACAGGAAAAUCAACAGCAUCUACCAGAUACUUCUGGCCUGGACAAUCAUGGGAAGUGACCUCGGUUUGAUAAUUUUAUCAUAUGCUUUGAUACUUCACUCUGUGCUGAAGCUGAAGUCAACAGAAGCAGCAUCCAAGGCCCUUAGUACCUGUACAUCCCACCUCAUCCUAAUCUUUUUCUUUUACACUGUCCUUGUUGUCAUUUCCAUCACUCAUAGUGCAUCAAUGACAGUGCCCCUGGUCCCAGUUCUCCUCAAUGUGCUACACAAUGUCAUUCCUCCUGCUCUUAACCCCAUGGUGUAUGCACUCAAAAACAAGGAGCUCAGGCAGGGUUUGUAUAAAAUUCUGAAGCUAAACACCAAGGGCGACUAA